AUGAAAGACGCAUGUUUGUGUAGUAGAAUUAGGUAUAACGAAAGUUGUAGGAAUAUAGUAGGAUAUGAACGAGUGGAAUUACAACUACGGUUAUUAGGGAAAGCCGAAGAGGGCGAUGAGCAAGGAAAACAAAGAGAGGGUGCGGAAAGCAAAUAUUUAUCUGCCAGUGACGUUUGCCAUCCAUCCAUCCUGGCUUGGGGCGUAGUUGCCCAUUGCAUGUCCAUGAGGCGACCUAGGCCCUGCUUCCGGACGUGCAUUAGCCGCACGGGGCAAAGGCGGAUUUAG